CUCUCUAUUAAUGGAUGUUUAAGGGUUUUGGUUGGAGUUGAGUGUUGGAAUCUUAUGGUCAGAAGUGAACAACUGGGUAUUUAUUUAGUGAGUUGGAAUUGGAAUUGGAGGAGUUGACCUAAAUUUAUUGUCUCAUUUGGGAAACAAUACUACUUAUUUGAUUCUCUCGUCUUUCUUAACUGAGAGAUUUGUGAAGUAGGUAUUUGCUGGUUUUGAGGUGCAUUUUACUGGAUCUGCGCAAGUUUGUUGUUGGUGAAGCAGCUCAAGAAAGGAGUGGAUGAAUUAAGGGUGGGUUUGUAACAGUCGGAGGAGAUAUGGCAUGUAUGAAGUUGGGAUCCAAAACAGAUGCAUUCCAAAGAAAAGGCCAGGCCUGGUUCUGCACAACUGGCCUCCCAAGUGACAUUGUUGUUGAAGUUGGGGAAAUGACUUUCCAUCUCCACAAGUUCCCAUUGCUUUCUAGAAGUGGCGUUAUGGAAAAACGGAUUGCAGAAGCAUCUGAAGGAGAAGAUGGCUGUGUUAUUGAACUCAAUGACAUCCCUGGUGGUGCUAAAACAUUUGAACUUGUAGCUAAAUUUUGUUAUGGGGUUAAACUAGAGCUUACAGCAGCAAAUGCUGUAUACCUUCGAUGUGCCGCAGAGCGUCUUGAUAUGACUGAAGAAUAUGGGGAGGGUAAUCUGAUAUCACAGACUGAGAUUUUUCUUAAUCAGGUAGUUCUCCGUAGCUGGAAAGACUCUUUGAAGGCACUCCAAACCUGUGAUGAUGUUCUUCCAUAUGCUGAAGAACUCAGAAUUACAAAAAGGUGCAUUGAUUCAUUAGCUGUGAAGGCAUGUACUGAUCCCAACCUGUUUGGUUGGCCUGUGAUGGAGCACAUUGGCCCCUUGCAGAGUCCUGGAGGGAGUAUCCUAUGGAAUGGAAUAAGCACUGGAGCUAGGCCAAAACAUUCAAGUUCAGAUUGGUGGUAUGAGGAUGCAUCAACUUUAAGUUUACCUCUUUACAAGAGGCUAAUUUCUGCUAUGGAAUCUCAAGGUGUCAAACAGGAAAUUGUUGCUGGUUCCCUCAAUUAUUAUGCUAAAAAGUACCUGCCUGGGCUAAACAGGCGGCAGACCUCUUCUGAGUCCACUAAUCGACUUGCACCAGUUGGUUUAGGUUCUUCGCUAUCAGAAGAAGAUCAGAAGCUUUUACUUGAAGAGGUGGAUAAUUUACUUCCCAUGCAAAAAGGCCUAGUUCCAACUAAAUUCCUCUUUGGCCUACUGAAAACAGCCUUGAUUCUUCGAGCCAGUCCCUCUUGCAUAUCAAACUUGGAGAAAAGGAUAGGAAUGCAGCUUGAUCAGGCCACUCUAGAAGAUCUCUUAAUGCCUAAUUUCUCUUACUCGAUGGAAACACUUUAUAAUGUUGACUGCGUACAGAGGACUCUUGAGCACUUCUUAGCCAUGGAUCAAGGAACUGGUGGUGAAUCACCUUGUUCCAUUGAUGAUGAGCAAUUGAUUGGUUCACCAUCUCUGACACCAAUCACUAUGGUGGCAAAACUAAUCGAUGGAUAUCUUGCUGAGGUUGCCCCAGAUGUUAACUUGAAGCUUCCCAAGUUUCAGACUCUUGCUGCUUCUGUUCCUGAAUAUGCAAGACCCUUGGAUGAUGGCCUUUAUCGUGCAAUUGACAUUUAUCUCAAGUCACAUCCAUGGUUGGGAGAAUCCGAUAGAGAACAACUCUGCAGGCUCAUGGAUUGCCAGAAGCUCUCCUUAGAAGCUUGUACACAUGCUGCACAGAACGAACGGCUCCCUUUAAGGAUUAUAGUACAAGUACUUUUCUUUGAACAGCUGCAGUUGAGAACAUCCAUUGCAGGAUGCUUCCUAGUGUCCGAAAACCUUGAUGAUGGGUCAAGGCAGUUGAGAAGUGGCACAGUGGGACCAAAUGAGGGGGGCUGGGCUACUGCUGUGAGAGAAAACCAGGUGUUGAAGGUGGGAAUGGAUAGCAUGAGGGUACGUGUGUCAGAGCUCGAGAAGGAGUGCUCAAACAUGAGGCAGGAGAUUGAGAAGUUGGGUCGAUCAAAGGGAUCAAGCACUUGGGGAAAUGUAUCCAAGAAGUUUGGGUUCAAGAUGAAAUCUCAAAUGUGCAGUGCUCAGGAGGGAUCUGUUAGUAACCAGAACAAGAUAAAUAGUAAGGCUAUAAAGGAUGACAAGGCAAAAGAAAACUAUCGAAAGCACUAGAAAAACUUGUCUACAGAUGAAUGAUGAAUUAUUCUCUGUUUCUCUAUUCUUUGAAGGAUCUUGGCUUGCUUCUGUUUAGUUUUAAGUCUCUCCAGUUUCUUUGUCAUAUAUGUUGAUUAGGUUCUUUGACAAUCUGGUCUAUGUAGACUACAUACAAUUAACAUCAUCAAGUGUAUUUUAUGUAUCUUAUUUAAAA